AUGAUUGGCCUAAAAAUUGAAAAUAGAGCCACAAAAAUACCGGUAGCCGAAGGGGCAACACUGAACCAAAUAACUAGCGAAACGUUGGACGCAAGGCGUCUCGCCAACUUUUACAAGGAGAUCUUUGGGUUUGAGGAAAUUGAAGCCCCAAAUUUCGCCGUCGAGGUGAUAUGGCUGAAUUUGCGUGGAGCUUUUGCUCUUCAUCUUAUUGAGAAAAGCUCCGUCACCAAGCUUCCAGAAGGUCCCUACAGCGCCACGUCACCCGUCCUUGACGCUAGCCAUCUCCCCAGAAGUUUUCAUAUUUGCUUCACUCGCGACAAAUAUGAGUCAUUUGUGCAAACUCUUCAGGAUAAGGGAAUACAGACUUUCCAAAGGUCCAUACUUAAUGGGAAGGUCAAACAAAUCUUCUUCUUUGAUCCAGAUGGUAAUGGAUUGGAAGUCGCCAGUAAGAGCAAUGAAUAGGCCGAUUCCAUCUGUGGUUGUCAUGUAAAAUAUUUAGUCAAAGUAGACUGAAGGAAAAUGUCUGAACAUGUGCUGUAUUUCGAGACUCUAAUAAUCAUGCACGUGAGGAGUGAUCGGGAAGUAUGUAUGUGUGUUAUUGUUUCUUAAUCUUCUCUACUCUACCUUGUUAAAAGCGCUGCCUCUCUCUCUCUCCAGAAUUAUCUUCUCCCCACAAGAAUUGCACUGCCUCUCCUUUUCACAAGAAUCCAGAUUCUUCCUUGCAACUUGCUGCAGCUUCCAAGGAGAACGAAGAUCCAGCUCAUGCAACCGCCCUUCAAGAACUUUGAAUAAAUUUAAGUUGGUUUUGUUAACCGACAACAACAAGUAUAAAUAGGCCUGAAGUUUAGCCAUUUGGGUGUGAAAAAUAGAAGCAGCCAGUCUUAGUAAGUGUAGAAUAAAGAAGUGUGUGCUGCUAGUGAGUAUAAGCAAAAUUAAAAUCUGUGUGAGUCUAAGUGUGUCAAAAAUAGUGUGGGUUGUGUGUGAGUGUAGUAAGUGUCUUGUGAGUGAGUUUUGUGAGUUCUUUCUAAGUAAGUGGUGUAAGUUUUUGUGCAAGUGUGGGUUUGUAUCAGCUGAAGUUUUUACUGCAGGUGACGAGUGGCCUCCCUCUUGUACCAUUUGUUAGCUGAGUAAAUUUGAUGUGCAUUGAAACCGGAAGCUCAAUUGACUUUUUUUCGGAUUGAUUUA